UGCUUGUUCCGUCCCACCAGGAAAAAAAACUUGGCCGACGUGUCGCACUGUUGCUAACCCGCUAACGCCGGUCAAAUAUAGUUUUUGUAUCACCGGUAAACAGAAUCGGACAGACAUGGGGGGAUCCCAGAGUGUAGAGAUUCCAGGAGGAGGCUCAGAAGGAUACCAUGUCCUGAGAGUCCAGGAGAACUCGCCUGGGCACCGGGCAGGCUUGGAGCCCUUCUUUGACUUCAUCGUGUCCAUCAACAACACUAGACUGAACAAAGACAAUGACACGUUGAAGGACCUGUUGAAGGCGAACGUGGAGAAGCCGGUGAAGAUGCUGGUGUACAGCAGCAAGACGCUGGAGCUGAGGGAGACCACCGUCACCCCUAGCAACAUGUGGGGCGGGCAGGGCCUAUUGGGGGUCAGCAUCCGCUUCUGCAGCUUUGAGGGGGCCAAUGAGAACGUCUGGCACGUCCUGGAAGUGGAGCCUAACUCACCUGCUGCCUUGGCUGGUUUGAGGCCGCACACAGACUACAUCAUCGGAGCCGAUACAGUCAUGAACGAGUCAGAAGACCUGUUCUCCCUGAUCGAGACCCACGAGGGGAAGGGUCUGAAGCUGUACGUCUACAACACAGACACGGACAACUGCAGAGAGGUGGUCAUCACGCCCAACAGUGCCUGGGGCGGAGAGGGCAGUCUGGGUUGUGGUAUAGGUUACGGCUACCUGCACAGAAUCCCCACACGACCGUUCGAGGAGGGCAAGAAGAUCAGCUUCCCCGGACACAGCCCUGCCGAACCCUCCAGCCCACUAAAGGACGGCUUCACAGAGGUGCAGCUGUCGGCUGUAACCCCUCCCGCUGCUGCUCCUGCUGCUCCCAUUGGUCUAGAGGACAGCCUCGCUGGCCUGUCAAUCACGUCGGCCACACCCACCAUUCCCAGCGAGCUGCACACAGGCGUGCCUACGGUACCCCUACUCCCCACCCAGGUCAGCCCCUCUCUGGCUUCCAUACCAGGGGUCAGUCCCGCCACCACGCUACCAGGCCUGAUGCCGUUACCUGCAGGUCUGCCGCCCCUCCCUAACCUGCCCAACCUGAACAUCGCGCUGCCAGACCUGAGUGCCGUCUCACUACAAGGCAUCACUGGCCUACCGCCCACUACAACUGGUCUGCCACCGCUGGUUCCCCUGGCCCCUCUGCCUCCUCUGAACCUGCCUGGCAUGGCUCCUCUGCCCAUGCCCUCCAUGUUGCCCACCUCCCUGGCCUCCACGUUACCCCCCCUGCCCACCGCAGUAGCCGGCCUGCCCCCGCUGUCUCUGGCGGCCGAGCAGGUUCCCCCAGCCCUCGUACUGGACGCCACUCCGGCAGCCAGCACCGCGUUGCCAGCGGCAGCACCAGAGCUCACCACCACCACAACGACGACGGCGGGAGUGGCGCCCGUAUCCACGGAGACGGCCGCUGCCCCGCCCACUGCUACAAUAGAAGACGCCGCCCCGCCCGCUGCAGAGUCAUCGUAACAAAGUGCUGUUUUGUGUUUUUGUUUUGGUCUGUUUGUUUUGCAAUUCCAUUUUUUGUUGUUUUUUUUGUUUUUGCUCUUUCUCUCUGUCUCUCUUUCUCGGCAACUGGUCUCUCUGUCUCUGUCUCUGUCUCUCUCUCUCUCUCUUGUUAUCUCGUCUCUAUGACUCUUCACUCUCUGCUUAUGUCCCAUCUGUCGGAGAUGGGUUAUUCUUGUUACACUCAAAUGUAUUUAUUUGGCCCGAGUGAGUAAAUCUUAGUGGGCCGAAGAGGCUUUGGCGAGACUCAAGCCCAGCCGCUGAAGACAACGCCUGCUCGCUCGCUGACGUACGGACGGACGGACGCGUAGAUGAGGUGAAGGAUGGAUUGGAGAGUGGACUGCACAAUGUGUGUGUGUGUAUGUAUGAAAAGAAAGCAGGGACUGGAAAGAAAGAGACUGAUAUGCUGAGAAAAGAAAAAACAAAAGGAAAAGAAGGAUAAGAAAAGAAGCCUCGUAAACUACAGUGACCCGGCAGCCGAUGCUUCUCUCCUGUUAAACUGUGCAAACUCCCACCAGUGCGUUUAUAUUUCUGUCUGGAUUUCUUUGCAUUUAUUAUAAAAAAAAUUUGUUAAAAUUCCUGUAAUUGCUUUUCAAUCGAUGAGUCAUUUUUUUCCAUGUAUUUGUAGUUAUGCUUUGUGAUUGAUUUUUUUUUUUUUUCGUUUAUACUGAAGAGAAUCAUUAUAUUGCAUUUUUUGCACCAUAUUGUAAUUAUUAAUUUAGUUCUAUUUGUUUUCUCAUGUAAUACUCCUUUUUACGUGCACAGCCCGCCAUGGCCCUCCACUCCAGCAGGGGGAGGUGUCCAGGUGGUGAUUCCUUGGAGAUUGCUGCAUACACUGGGCAUUUAUCAAAGUGAAGUGUUCUAGCCUUGCUAGGGCGUUCUCCAGGGAAUAUCCCAUUAUUAAUUAAAUAUUGGAUACUCCUUGGUGGAAUCCGCGAAAAAAUAGGCGUUGCUCGCGCUAGCAAGGUUAGAAGACCUCACUUUGAGAAAUGCCCACGGACAGGGUAGGCCGGGGAGCUUGCGCAGAGGCGCGCCAUGGCUUUGGGGGGGGAAAGAGAUGUCAAGUGUAAAUUGUUUCCUUUCCCGUUCACGCGAGCAAUAAACUACACGGGAUUUUACACUAAAACUCUUUGUCCUUUGUCCACUCCUGGCUAUACUAAAUCACGCUUUUUGGAAAAUCUGCAGAGAGCGGCACUAUGUGCAUUAUAGUAUGAUUGCAUGCGUCCUUCUCCCCCUCUCUAACUCAACUCACACAUUGAAUUUGUAGAUAAUAUUAUAUAUUUGAUGUCAUGACUCAGUUAAUAUCAUCCGUGCAGGGGUGUAGCAGCCAAUUUGGGCCCUAUGUACAAUCGGCUCCAAUGUAGGGCUGGGCGAUAUGGAAAAAAACUAUAUUACGAUAUGGAUUACUUUAUAUCACGAUAACGAUAUAUAUCACGAUAUAGCACAAUUACAUAUGUUUUCAGUUAUUCUCUUUAUUUGCUCUUUAUUUUUUCAUGUCGCAAAACAACCUUUCUUUAAAAUGGAUCUCUUUAUUGUUAUUUUUACAGUUACAUGAACUUAUAGUGUGUAUUGUGUCAACAUGGAAUGUAAUUAAAUUAUAUUCAAUUGUAUAAAACUGAUAAAGUUACUAUCACGAUAUAAACGAUAUAGGGGAAAGGUCUCGAUAUACACUUUUAUAUCACGAUAACGAUAUAUAUCGUCAUAUUGCCCAGCCCUACUCCAAUGGACACCCCCCUGUCAUAUAUGAAUCGGACUGUGUGGCCCCCUUAUAUACAUGGGGCCCUGGUGACCCAAUCACACUUUACCCCCCUGUCUAUGUGAGACAUAGACCACUGCCACCAAUGGAAUAACCUGUUUGCCAUCACACCUUUGCGAGGCUCUUAUCGCGGGAUAAAAUGGGUGAUGUCAACCAGGUCAGUUCCCCCAGGCCCAGAGAGAGAGGGGGGGGGCAGAACUGGGAUCCUAUAUAGGCCCAAUUGUAGUGGUAGAGUUUGGCCCUCAUCUGUGGUGGGGGCGCUUUCAGAUGACCGUCCUCCUGUGCUCUGCCAGAGCUGUCAGCAGCAGCUGCAUCCCUGAUUAUAAAUCAUAAACAAAAUAAAAUAAUGAUGAAAGCCUUUACAAUGAAAUUUGGCCUCUUAAUCUCCUUCAUGGCAUUGGCAAGUAAGUUAUGAUGGAUACCUUUGAAGAUCCUCGUUCAUCAAGACCAGAGAUGACAAAAGAGUAGUGUUGUAAGUGGCAACAGUCCUUUGUAGGUUCAGGAAAGGACUUCUCAGCUCUGAAGUGGUGUUCUACAUUCGGGUUCAUGGCAGGUUAUGCUUUGCUUGCGCAUACCACCACCUACUGGUUUCUGGGAGACUGUACUACUUGUACCUGCUGCUUACAUUCGGGCAUUAUUUGCCUCCCUUCCCAACACUGGCCGGAUUUAAGUGAGCGCCGCCAUCCCUAAAAAUAAAAAAAUGUAAUAUGCAAAUGCUUGCCAUAUUUC